UUAAUCAUUUAUUUAAUCUCCAAUCUUCAAUUUCCAAUUUUUCUUUUUCCUUUUUCUUAAUUCUAACGUUACACAAUCAAGUCUACUCUCUUUCCCUUCUUCACACUUCACACCGCUUCCACUUCUCACUAUUUUUGCUGCCUAAUAUUUCUUCUGCCAUUUCUAUUUUCGGUCAGUAUCAUCUUCGAUUCUCAUUUUAUAUCAAUUGGGAUACGCCGCUGUUUCAGAAGGAAGAUUUUUGAAGUUGGAGAUGAGGGAUUUUGCUUGUUUUGUUUCCGGCGAUCGGAGUUUUGGAUUGCCGCUUGGUACUGCCAAUUUGCCCUCGAUUUCGAUUAAUGGGUCUCAAGCUCAAGCAGUGAAGGGCUAUGGCGAGGAUUAUGAUUCUGGAUCCCACUUGGACCUGUCGUCUGACUCGGGGAGUGUAAAUCAUAGCCGAGACCACUUAGUCGCCCUAUCUCCUCAAGAUGACAAAGUUCACCAUCAUCCGACUGCCAUUAAUGGCGUUAAAUUGCCCAGUCAAUUAAACAAUCAUUGUUCUGAAAUGGGUCAUUACGGGCUUGGUUUAGUUCCAGAAGCAAUUCGAGUAAAGCGAGAAUAUAGUCAUGGAAGAGUCAAAACGUCGGAUUCGGUAACGACUUCUAGUACUGACGUUUCAUUUGGUAAAUCGAUUGAUAUUUCUUCUGGUGAUACUGAUGGUUACUUUGCAGCUUCCGAUCAGAUGAAGUAUGGCGGAGCAACAGGGAAUACAAUACAUAAGAAUUUUUAUAUUCCGACUGCUCCUCCAUUAAAUGUUCGUAAUCAAGAAAUAAGGGGGAUUAAGGAUCAAGCUUCAACUUGUAGAACAUAUAGGGCUUAUCACCCUGUCACAAGAAAUGAACAAAUAACACAAGAAGGCUAUUUAGGCCAAAAUGCACAAGCUACAAAUAUUAAAAUUUCCAAUUCAUCAGCUAGGAAUGCUGCUGAUCUCAGAGUUGCAUCACCUUCUUUUACAGUUCCUGCCCGCCUCCCAAACUAUAGAGCAAUAGGGCAACGUUCAUGGGGUGCUGUUAUUACUUACGAAGCAUGUGUUAGGCUAUGCCUUCACUCAUGGGCUCAAGGUCAUUGUACAGAAGCUCCCUACUUCUUGAAUGAUGAGUGCAAACUUUUGCGUGAUGCGUUUGGUUUACGGCAAACACUACUGCAACCAGAAGAGGAUCUCUUGGCAAAACCUCCCUCAGGGUUGGCCAGUGAUGAAACUGUUCCAAAAUCCAUAAGAAGUCUUGGGAAAAUUAAAGUGCAGGUGCGUAGAGUGAAAAUGGGACUGGAGCCACCAAUCAGCUGUGGUCAUUCAUGUAUAACACAAUCCACCAUCAAAAUGGAAAGUCUUAAUGCACAUUUAUCCACAGUAAAGCAAACGCUUCAAUCUGAAUGGAAAGCCAAACGAAAGGUUCGAGUAGCUCAUCAUCUUCCUACGAACUCAACUGGUUCGUUCUCUCAUCAGAGCUUGGCUUAUAUGAAAGCUGGCUCUCAGUAUGGGAAACAGAUCUUCGCAAUCAUUAAAACUGGCACAGUUUCUUUAUGUCACAUCUCGCCAACUUAUAAAGUAGUGCAAGAAACAUAUUCUUGUUUGUUAAGACUAAAAAGCUCAUCUGAUGAUGUUGUUAAAAUGCAACCAGCGUCUGGUGAAACUUAUCUAUUCUUUCCUGAUAGUCCUGGAGAUGAUUUAAUAAUCGAGGUUAUGGAUUCCAAAGGACAGCAUCAUGGCCAUGUCAUAGUUCAAGUUGCUGCCAUUGCGGAUGAUUCAGAUGAAAAGACACAGUGGUGGCCUGUGUAUCGAGAGCCAGAGCACGAACUUGUUGGGAGAAUACAAUUACAUACAAGCUAUUCUACAAGCCCAGAUGACAAUAAUAGUCUUAAGUGUGGAGUUGUUGCUGAGACCGUGGCAUAUGAUAUCUUGUUAGAAGUUGCAAUGAAAGUAAGCCAUUUUCAGCAAAGAAAUUUGUUGUUAGAAGGGCCAUGGAAGUGGUUACUUUAUAAAUUUGCUACUUACUAUGGAAUAUCAGAUUCGUAUACUAAGCUUAGGUACCUUUCCUAUGUCAUGGAUGUUGCUUCACCCACUGAAGAUUGUCUGUCUUUGGUGGAGGAAUUGUUGCAACCAGUUAUAAUGAAGCAAACAGGGAGGGGUUCCUUGAGUCGUCAAGAGAAUCGCAUGCUAUUGGAGAUAAAAGAACAGAUCGAGAAGAUUCUUGCUCUCGUCUUUGAGAAUUAUAAGUCACUCGACGAAUCUUCACCUUCAGGGAUGAUGGCUGUCUUUGGUAGCGCAAGUGGUUUUGUUGCUCCUGCUUUAACCCGCUCUGUCAAGCUAUAUGCUCUCCUACAUGAUGUUUUGAGUUCUAAGGCGCAAAUGAAAUUGUGCAGAUAUCUACAAGCUGCUACAAGGAAAAGAUCAAAACUUAUAUUAGCAGAAGUAGAUGAAAUUAUAUCGAGCAGUAAAGAAGGCACAUUGAUCGAUGCUGUUAUUCUUUCAACUACUUACCAGAAGAUGACAACUGUGGUUUGGAAUAUUAGAAACGAAGUGAUGACCGAUAUUGAAAUCCACCAUCAAAAUGUGCUCCCCAGUUUCAUAGACUUGCCAAACCUUUCUUCAUCCAUAUACAGUGUGGAGUUGUGCAAUAGAUUGCAAGAUUUUCUCGUGGCAUGUUCUCCUCCAGGUCCAUCCCCUCCUGUGACGGAACUUGUCAUUGCUACAGCAGAUUUCCAGCGGGAUCUUGUUCAGUGGAACAUCAGUCCUAUCAAAGGUGGAGUUGAUGCCAAAGUGCUCUUCAACUCAUAUAUUACACUUUGGAUUCAAAGUAAGCGUCUUGUUUUGCUCGACUUGUGCAAACAGGACAAGGUACAACCAUAUGGAGCCAGACCAGAAAGCUCAACAUUGCCGUUUGUUGAUGAUAUGUAUGACAGGCUAAAGGAGACACUAAAUGAAUAUGAAGUCAUCAUUUGUCGCUGGCCAGAAUAUGCAAACAGUCUAGAACAGGCAACUGCAGAUAUUGAGAAGGCAAUUUUUGAAUCCUUGGAAAGGCAAUACUCUGAUGUUUUAUCCCCAUUAAAGGAUAACUCAGUGCCUAUAAUGCUUUCCAAAUAUUUCCAGAAGUUUGCCAGACAAUCAGUGGAUACAUUUUUUAUACCAGAUGAGUUGGGAAUUCUUUUGAACACAAUGAAGAGGAUGUUGGAUGAGCUUGUGCCUCAGAUUGAACGCAGAUUGAAUUCAUUGACAUCUUCUUGCAUGACUGAUGAAGGUAUCGCUAGUGGUGAAUAUCUCAGCGAAGUAACUCUAGUGCUUAGAGCCAAAUUCAGGAGUUACCUGCACGCAGUUGUGGAGAAACUCGCAGAAAAUACAAGGGUCCAAAGUGCAACAAAAUUGCGGAAGAUAAUACAAGACACGAAGGAAGCGAUGACAGAUUCAGAAAUACGAAGCAGAAUGCAGCCAUUGAAGGAUUUACUGAUGAACACAAUCCAUCAUCUCCACCCUGUCCUUAACAACGACGUCUUCGUUGCAAUCUGCCGACGUUUGUGGGAUCGAAUGGGACAAGAUCUUCUACAUCUCCUAGAAAACAGAAAGGAAAACAUCUCCUCGUAUAAAGGCUUGCGCAUUGCGGUUUCUGCUUUAGACGAUGUGUUUGCGUCGGAAAUGCAGCGGUUGCUCGGAAAUGCCCUGCAACGGAGAGACUUGGAGCCACCAUCUUCGAUCAUGGAAGUGCGUUCAAUUCUCUGGAAACUUGAGUGCACAAUGCAAUUUCAUCAUCGCAUAGUGUCCACAUUUCCACUUCAUAAAACCAAACAUCACUACUACAGUACAAUGAAGACAGCGAAGGAGGUCUGGGAUGCCCUGCAAAAGAAGUAUGACACCGAGGAGGCUAGGUCGAAGAAAUAUGCGGUUAGUCAUUAUCUCAAGUUCCAGAUGACGGAUGAAAAAUCCGUGGAGGCCCAAUCCCAUGAACUCCAGAAGAUAGCUCAUGAGAUAAUUACUGAAGGUAUGCCUCUAGACGAACAAUUUCAAAUUGCUGUUAUUAUUGAUAAACUGCCCCCCUUGUGGAAGGACUUUAAGAACACUUUGAGGCAUAAGACCAAGGAGUUCUCAUUAGAGAGUCUUAUAACUCGGUUAAGGAUCGAGGAGGAAGCCUGAAAGCAGGACCAGAGGGAGGAGGUGAACGCAGUACCUAGGAAAUCCGCCUCUGGCAUGGUAAAACUUGACCAAAAACCUAAGGGGACAAAGAAGAAAGGUCAGAACCAUGACUCCAGCAACCAGAACCAACAGAAAAAACAGAAGCCCCCUUCAAGAGAAGCGGUACAGUUCCUCUGCUUUAAUUGUAAUAAACUUGGGCACAUGACUAGGAAUUGUAGGAACAGGCAUUGUCCUGCUGGUCAAGCGAACCUGACAGAAGAACCGUUAGUCACCAUGAUCACAGAAGUAAAUGUGAUCGGUGGUUGUGAAGGGUGGUGGAUAGACAUUGGCGCGACGCGCCAUGUGUUGGGAUUGGUGUCCUAAUUCUCCCGGAGUCUCGUUAUUUUGUAAAG